AUGCGCUAAUUAGCAUUUCCGUCCGUGCGUAAAUUGAUCAUUUCGAAAGCAUUCUUAACCUCUAAUAUUUGUGUAUAGACUUUAAAUAAUCGUCAAAAAUUUAUUAAAACACAUCGAAGUCAAAAUGAAUAUCCCACCAAUUCAACAACCAGGAGCCAUGGGAGUAGGACAAAUGGGACAGCCAUUAAAUCCUCAAUUGUCACAGAAUCAACAGCAGGCUCAACAAACGCAGCAACAACAGGUGCAACAGCAACAGCAGCAGCAGCAACAGCAGCAACAGCAGCAGCAGCAGCAGCAGCAGCAGCAGCAGCAGCAGCAGCAGCAACAACAAACGCAAGACAAAUUGGAUAACAUCUCUAAAGUGAAAUCUCUGGUCGGACCUUUAAGAGACUCUUUAGCCAUGGCUCUUAAAGUUGCAGCACAGAUAUUGCAUCACAAUAGUUUGGUUGACAUAGGAUCUGCGAAAUGUAUAGAUCACGCUGAUAAUCGAUUUAAUAAAAACAUGGAGGAAUUUUAUUCCAUUUGCGACCAAAUAGAGCUGCAUCUGAAGACUUCUGUGGAGUGUUUAUCGCAAAAUUCCAGUUCAGUUCGAUAUCUACCAAUGUCUGUUAUAACAUCACGCACUGAUACAAUGAAUACACAAGAAGGACCAGCACUGUCUUAUCCACAAUUCUUGAUGACUGUGCGUGCACAAGUGCAAUAUGCUCGUGAAAUUCAUGAUGCUCUCAUGUCUCAUGCUCGCACAAUAGCAUCUGGUGAACAACCUUUUUUCGCGGCGUUGGCGCUCCGUGGUGGGGGCGCGCGGGCCGCACAGCACAGCAACACGCGGAGGCUCGCCGCCGCCGCGGUUAGGCACGUAGGUCAAGUUACGAUACUCCGCGCGCGCAUUCAGUUCGCGGGGAGCGCUCGUGCGGUGCGCGUUAUUGUCCCGUGUUCCUCUAGAUGGUCGAUCACGUGGGAGACAUUGCGUCGAGUUCCGCACGCGAUUCUGUGGCGAAAACACGCCACCGUCGUGGGGAAGGGAAUAAAUGUGCGUGCCGACGCCGUGAUGGACAACCCUAGCGGCGGAAGAGACGGUCGGUACGCGAGUCUCGGCUACAACAUGGGGAUGAUCGGGAGCGAUGCUGGUGCGGAGAUCUACGGCCGACCGUCCACCUCCCAGCUUGCUUCUCAAAUAGGCCGCGGUGGCGCUACUAUGAUGUCAGCCGCGGGCGCCGCGACGCCAGGCGUCGGCCCCGUGCAACGGGGUAUCAAGCGCACCACGUCCGACGUUGUACGGGACGACGGUAAUAAUCCGGCUGCGCGGCAGCAAGCGCUUUCGCAAGCGCAGGGCAUGUCCGCCGCCGGCAUGCCCGGUGAUUGCGUGCCUGACAAUCUCGAAGAGUCCUUCACGAGUCUGGGUCAGCCGAAGAAGUCGCCUCCCUCGAACGGCAAGAAAACUAAGGGCCGGGUGAAAAUUAAAAUGGAAUACAUCGACAAUAAGCUGAGGAGGUACACCACGUUCUCUAAGAGGAAAACCGGCAUUAUGAAAAAGGCGUACGAAUUGUCCACGCUCACCGGUACACAGGUGAUGCUGUUGGUGGCGAGCGAAACUGGCCACGUGUACACAUUCGCGACGCGCAAACUUCAGCCGAUGAUCACGAGCGAAGCGGGCAAGGCGCUGAUCCAGACGUGUUUGAACAGCCCGGAUCCGCCGCCGUCGGGCUCGUCGGGCGAUCAGAGGAUGUCGGCAACCGGCUUCGAGGAGACCGAGCUGACGUACAACAUCGCCGACGACGAGCAGAAAGAGGACGGUGCGUCGCCCAGGUCCGAUAUCUGCGCCAACGAAAGCGACGCCGAUACCAGCGACGGCGAUUCUCCCGUCAUCUCCAAGGAUCCUCUCAAGAACAAUCACUCGGGAAAUGUGCCUUCGUUCUCUGCAGGGAUUAUGUACCAGAUGCCUCAGAGUGUCAUUUAUUCGCCCAGUCCAGGGGUCUUGCUCGGCAUAGGACAAAACGGGCAACCGGUGCAAAUAUCGCAAGACGGAGGUGCAGUGGCAUCGUUGGCGAACUCGUCACAAUCGAGCCAGCCGUUCAUCACGAUACCGCUUAGCGUCGCGAUGAGCGCGGCGGGAUUGUCCUUACCGGUGACCUCCAGGAUAAGCACCAGGUCGCCCACAACGACAACGACGACGAUCACGACGGCGUUGUCCACUUGCGGCGACCUGCCGUCCGACCUGAGCAAAGACCGGGAAUGAUGCGAGACUUUUCCGACGGUGACGAAAGUAGUUAAGCCUGCGCUUUCUUUCGUUACUACAGGCGGAAAUCGUAGUCGCGUGUGGAAACGAAUGGCGAAAACGACUUACGGAUCUCUCGACUGUUUCUGGACUUGUGAUAUCUCCACGUCCGGAUAACAUCGGGAUGAACAACCAUGGUCCUUCGUAAAUUGGGAUUCUUCGUCUUCCUUCGUGUUUUUGCUGGACACUCGAUAUCUGUACGCCCUUCUACUAAUUGAGAUCGACAACAGAAUCCGCAAAAUCAAUACUCAAUGUGAAUAUAAAAUUUUGAUAACAGGACGGCAGGUGUAUUUUACCUAGAUUUCUAAAGUAGCUAGAAAGAUUGAAUAAUGUUAGAAAUGACUUCUUAUAUUAGAAAUAUAUCUGCAAAACACACUGGUAUGAUAAAACAGUGAUAUGGCUGAUUCUAUUUAAAAGAUAAAUAUUUUGAGAUGUAAGUCAUUGCGUGAUAAAUUUGUCAAUUGUGAAAAUUCGAUAUACACGUUUUUUCAAGCACGAAUAAGAUUUUAAAAUGGCAUUUCGCAUAGACAGUGGCUGAAAUAUAUACCUUUUUGUUGAUUUAUAUCAUUUUUUUUUCUGCAAGCUUUUAAACUUGUUUUUAUCAAAAUCGACAUUUUUGUACAUAAUUUUGA